AUGGCGGCUUUAGGUGGUAUAGGGGGAACAGAAUAUAGUCUUUUCUCAUUCUUUCAGAGAACUAAAGCAGUUGCUGCGGAAACAGAACAUUUCAUAUCUUUAGAACACCAAUCCUUCAAUGAUAUCGAUAGUCUCGAGCGAAUACAUGAAAGGCUUUCUGAGGCCGGAGAUACUGUUUUCACUUUAAAGCAGAGAGCAUUAAAUCUUAUUGCUGAUAUCGACAUGGAGAACUUCUAUAAUGAGAUGGACGAAUUAUCUACCUAUUUAAAUCGACUUAGAAUUUUCCUUCAAAAUCUUAUCAAUGACCUACAAGAUCAGGUAGCUCACACUCCAGCCUACAAUUGCAAUAGGGUACACACGGGUAUGAGAGGUCAGCCACGACUUGAAAUAUCAAAGCGACAAAUAGAAUGUCUCAGAGAAUUACACUUUUCUUGGACAAAAAUAGCUGAAUUGCUCGGUGUUUCUACAAAAACGUUACGCCGAAGACGUGACGAAUUUCAAAUUGAUGAUGCGGAAUCUUGGUCUACUAUCAGCGAUGCCGAAUUACGAGACGUCAUGCAAGAAAUUAUGAGUAUUACACCAGGCAUUGGACAAACACGUAUGCUAGGUGCACUGAAAAGUCGAGCAAUAAGAGUCCAACGGUCACGUGUGAGAACGCUGAUGCGCGAGUUAGAUCCUAUAGGAACUGCCCUUCGUUGGCGAGGGGCAAUUUGUAGAAGAAAUUAUAGCGUUCGUUGUGCAAAUGCUUUAUGGCACAUAGAUGGGAAUCACAAAAUGAUUCGCUGGCGUAUUGUGGUUCAUACAGCCAUUGAUGGGUACUCCAGGCUAGUACCGUAUCUUUACUGCGCUAAUAACAACAAGUCAGUAACAGUUCUACAGUUAUUUCGAAAUGCCUGCCAAUCAUAUGGUUUGCCUUCGAGAGUGAGGUGUGACCACGGGCUUGAAAAUGUAGGUGUUGCUCGAAUGAUGCUAGAGUGCCGUGGCAUCAACAGAGGGAGUAUCAUCACUGGUGCUUCCGUUCACAACCAACGGGUCGAAAGACUUCACAGAGAUGUCACUACUGGUGUUCUUAAGGCAUAUAUUGAUGAAUUUCACAUGAUGGAAAGUUCAGGGCUUCUUGACCCUGAUAACGAGGUACACAUCUUUUCACUUCACCUUGUUUUUUUGAAAUUAAUUAAUGAUUCCUUAGAAGAGUUUGUUAAUCAGUGGAAUCAUCAUGGUAUUAGUACAGAAAGAGGAUCAUCACCACUACAACUUUGGACAGAAAGUAUAUUAAGAUGUGCAACCGAAAGCAAUUCAACAUUAGAUGAUGUUUUAGUUAACGAGGAAGUCGAAUAUUAUGAACUACAAGGGGACGAUGAAUUCGAAAAUGAUCAAGCUGGGGUUGUUGUACCCGAGAGUUCACUUAAUUUAAGUGAAGAUCAACUUGCUUAUGUUCAAAACCUAUCAAGACAGAACAACAGCAGGUCCGACAAAGUUCACACAUAUGUUCAUGUUGUAAAUGCCCUUAACAUGAUGGUCUAA